AUGUCAUUAGUUCAAGGAUAUUCGUCAGGUUCCGACAGUGGAGAAGAAUUGCCUAAAAUACCUGUUUUGCCUAAAGAUUCGAAGUAUAAAAUAGUAUCAGUACCGAAUGUUGAUAUUUCAGCCCACGAAUUAGUACCAAUUAAUAAUAGUCAAGAAACAAGUCACAAAGAAACACGAAAUUUCGGUGGUGGUAUAGAAGAAAACUACUAUGAUAAUGCCACAUGGAAGCUUCAAUCUAUGAAAGGUAAAAGGAAACUGGAUAAUUCUUCAAAACAAGAAUCAAAAAAAUUGAGAAAGAAGAGACGUAAGCAAGGGGAUCCUAAAGAUAUUGAUUAUUUAGGUCCGUGGGCCGAUUAUAAGGAUACUUCCGAGUCUGAUGCAUCUAUUUCUGAAGUUAAUGGAUCAGAAACAGAUGACAAUGUGAAUGAAGAAGAAGCGGAUCAGGAUGCAAAUAACGAAGAAUCUGAACCAAAGGUUUUUACCGAAUUUUUUGGGCUGAAGGAAAAGGAUUAUUUAGGCAGAACAUACAUGCACGUACCAAGGGAUCUUAAUGUUAGUUUAACAAAUGAACCGGGAUCGCAGGAAUGUUUUGUUCCGAAGAAAAUUAUUCAUACGUUCGGAGGACAUGCAAAAGGUGUUAAUAAAUUGGAAUAUUUUCCAAAUUCUGGUCAUUUGUUAUUAUCAUGCGGUAACGAUGGUAAAAUUAUGCUAUGGGAUCUUUAUCAUAAGAGGGAAUUGUUAAGAGGUUAUUAUGGUCAUAGCCUUGCUGUCAAGGAUGUAACUUUCAGUGGAACGGGGAAAACCUUUUUGAGUUGUUCAUUUGAUAAAAAGGUAAUACUUUGGAAUACGGAAACUGGGAAUAUUGAAAAGACUAUUAAAUUGAAGGCAAUUCCUAACGUCAUUAAAUUUAAUCCUAAUAAUGAAAAUGAAUUCAUUGUUGGGUUAACCAAUCAUAAAAUUGAGCAUUACGACUUGAGCAUACCUAACUUUGAAAUACCAAUACAAACAUACGAUCACCAUCUAGGGGCUAUUAAUUCUUUGACCAUAAUUGACAAUAACAAUAGAUUUAUGUCUACGUCUGAUGAUAAAACCGUAAGAUUCUGGGAUUGGCAAAUUAAUAUACCAAUCAAAUUUAUAUCUGAUCCUUCACAACAUUCGAUGCCAUCAGCAGUUAUGUAUCCCGGAGGAAAAUACAUAGCGCUCCAAAGUAUGGAUAAUUCAAUACAGGUGAUUCAAGGGCAUGGUAAGUUUAAAUUUAACAAAAAUAAAUGGUUCGAUGGUCACAACGUAGCAGGCUAUGGUAUUGAUGUGGAAAUUUCACCUGAUGGUAAAAUUAUUAUGAGUGGUGAUUCAAAAGGUUUCGGAUAUUUCUGGGAUUGGAAAACCUGUAAAUUAGUAAAUAAGCUAAAGGUAAGUGAUAAGCCUAUUACAUGCAUAAAAGCUCAUCCACAAGAGGCUAGCAAAGUUGCAAUGGCUGGGAUGAAUGGGCGCAUUUAUUAUUGUGAUUAA